AUGGGAUGGCGGUGGGCGACGGGGGUAAAAGGGGUAGCAAGGGGAAAGCGGAAAGAAGAGCAAACAACAAAGAAGACAACAUACACAACACAAGAGAAUCUUCGUGGACAGUAUGAUGAAAAUGACAGUCCUGCAAAAUUAUUUCUCCAUGGAAUGCUCACUGGUGAUGGCAUUUGCCUGCUGAGUCUUGUGGCUUUUGUGGCCGUCCGCCAUAUACGACAAAGAAGGAAGCUGUCAAAUGGAAGCCAAAUUGUCAGAGAUGAACGACAGUAUGUAAAUACUGCCAUAACGAUGCAAGCUAUCUCAUCUACAGUGACAGAGUCUAAGACUACGAGUGUAGGAUCUAAUAAAACAUCAGAUGAAACAUCCCGAAGUGUGUAUGACAGUUUAGAUGGCGACAGACGCGAUGAUCAGCAUCAGUAUAGCGGACUGGAAAGACAGACAGAUCAUCAUAGUACUAAUUAUACAAAUUUAUGAAGUCCCUUAGGCAACGAUAUGUCUACGUUGUGUUAGUACUAAAGUAUGUUACAGCUAAAAAUACGAAGACAGGGAUCUAACUGAAGAUACAUAUUCAGACAACACAACACUCCUUGAGCAACAACCAUAUAACUGUGUAUAUAUGUACAUUGGUAAGAUAUACGCAAAAGCACAUACGCAGCAUUAAACAUCGACGACUAAACAAACAACUAAAGAACACAGUUGGACUCGCCUUGGAAUGGUCAGAGGCAAAAACAUUACUGAGUAUUUUAAACUGGUUGAUGAUGCACCUUAGUUUAAACCCAAAGUGUUAGUUUUGGAAAAAAUAUCAAAUGAACAAAGUGUUGAAGUUUUAUAUUAAAAGCUGUCUAUAAUAAACAAGUUUAUAUGACACGAUAAAAAGGUCGACACUGCUGAGUGUGACCCAUCAAUCACUGAACAGAUAACUAUCACAUAUCUCGGAGUAUAAAAGUUUUAAACUAAUGUAACACUUACACUCAAAAGACAAAACCUUGAAGCACAAUUAAUGAUAUUUGAUUUCUGCAUACUGGAACUUGUAGCCUAUGAAAACACUGUUGUGUGAUGGUCUUUUUAGCUGAGCUUAUGCGUGUGCAUGUUAGUAACACUGACAAAAAUGAAAUGAAUAACAUAACAUAUUACAUAAUUAACCGUUUACCAUGUGGUAUAUAGUGAGAAUAGAAAAAUCAAAAUCACUUUGAAAUACUACGAAAUUAUUCCUUUGACAAACGAAUUUUUCUUUCAGAGUAAAGUACGAAUAGAUAAGUUUAACAUUACGCUUGUUAAAAUAGAACAAUAUUGAAUUUUCAUCAUGCCAUUAACACGUUUCGUCUAAGUAACCUUUACAAUUUAAGAAAGUGUUUAUAUCUUCAUUCUCAACUUGCUUUAUUCAAGUUUUUUUUCUGUUAUGUCUGUUGUAUUGUAUGCUGUAAGUAUUAUUCCAGUCCCAUAAUACAUACAUCUGGUGUAUUUAAAGUACAUUGUCUGCUAUGUCUUUCCAAGUAAGUGUCCUAGUAUCUGGUUUGCUGUGGUAAAUGCGUCCAUAUACCGUUGCGGUAGAAGUACUUUUUUCUGCGGGAACUUUAUUUCGUUUUCUGCGGAAGACAACAAGACCGCAGAUUUAAAAUCCGCAGAAAUUUUUGUCCUGACAUACCGUGAUACGAAUAUACAAGCCGUCAUUAUAAUCCGGUUAAGUAUCAAACAAUGUCCGAUAGCGUUAUCGGCUUUUGUCCCACAUGUAGCCGAAGGCCGACGAAGCAAGUGUAAAAAAAUUAGU